AAAAGGCAUUGUUCUAUAGAUUCUCACGGAAAGCCCUGGGCAGGCUGGGACCUGGGGUCAGCAAGGGAUAGGUGAGAGAUUCCCCGAGAGAAGACCAGCAGGCAGUCUGGGAGACUCCAGGACCCGCAGGGCCUGCGCCGCUCACCCUCCACCGUGCCUCCUCCCCUCCAAGGAUGACAAGCCCACUGCUCAUCUCCUUGGUCAGCUGCCUCGUUGCUGUGGAUCAAGCCAGCCUCAUCGGCCGCUGUGACUUGGCCAAGGUGCUGCACCAGGAGGACUUGGAUGGGUUUGAGGGCUACUCCCUGACUGACUGGCUGUGCCUGGCUUUCGUAGAGAGUGAUUUCAACAUAACAAAGGUAAAUGAAAACACAGAUGGCAGCUUUGACUAUGGCAUCUUCCAGAUCAACAGCCACUACUGGUGCAACGAUUACCAGAGUCACACGGAAAACAACUGCCAAGUGGACUGUCAAGAACUGCUGAGCCCCAAUCUUCUCGCAAUUAUCAACUGUGCAAAAAAGAUUGUGUCCGGAGCGGGGGGGAUGAAGAACUGGGUAAAGUGGAGGUUGCACUGUGCCGGCCGGCCCCUCUCCUACUGGAUGACAGGCUGUCACCUGGCAUGAGGCAGGGAGCAGGCCUGUGGUGGAGCCAUUCCAGAACUCUUCUCCUCACUCGGGAAUUCUUCAGUUCUUCUUCCUCUUGCCUCCACUUCAUGUUAUUUUCUUCCCUUCCCAUUUACAAAUAAAACUGACCAGAGCCCCAGGAAUAAAUGGUUUUCUAGGGCUUCCUCCUUGUUCCCAUCCAGGCCCAGGUCCCUGGUUCCUGACUGUCAUUUGCAAACCAAGAAGACCACGAUGAAAGAAGCUUCUCUCUUUUUUUUGGAAUUAUUAAACCAUUCCUUGUGCAAA